AGCAACUACCCCCGGGAAAAUAUCACUAUCGCAACAGAGUAAUCAAGAUGAAGUUCUUCGCCAUUCUUUUCCUUCUGUGCGCCAUUGUUGGAUUCGCUGCGUCCUCCAGCUCGACAACCACGACGGAAGCGUCCUUUGAUGCUUCAACAACUUCGACCGCUCCAUCUCCAGUUCCGUGCGGAAAUGGGCCCCAAGGACCAUGUGGCAAAAAACUAUACUUUUUCUACUAAGAAACAAAUAAAGCACUCUAUUCCUUAAAAAA